CUCUCAUUUGGAAUUUGACAGCUCCCUCUUCUCUCAUACAUUCCCACAUGAAAUUAUUAAUUGAAUCCUUCUUCCAUGGCUUUGAUUCUUCAGUUUCACUAUCCUUUUCUACCCAUUUUCCCCUUCAAGAUAAACUAGAAACCCCAUUUCAUUUCAUCCACAAAAACCCCUUUAUAUAUCCCCCUCUUCCCCUUUCACCACUGGAAACCCACAACCCACCUCCCAUUUUGAUCUUCUGAAGCUUCAAUCAGAAACCCCAUUUGCCCAUUUGCCCAUUUCCUCUGAAAAAUGAGAGAGAUCCUCCACGUUCAAGCCGGGCAAUGCGGAAAUCAAAUUGGGGCUAAGUUUUGGGAGGUCGUUUGCGACGAACAUGGAAUUGAUCCCACCGGAAACUACGUUGGGAGCAGUAGCAUUCAACUCGAGAGGGUUAAUGUUUACUACAACGAAGCGAGCGGCGGCCGGUAUGUUCCUAGGGCUGUGUUGGUGGACCUUGAACCGGGAACCAUGGACAGCCUCCGGACAGGUCCUUAUGGGAAUAUAUUUAGACCUGAUAACUUUGUUUUUGGGCAAAAUGGGGCUGGAAACAACUGGGCUAAGGGCCAUUACACUGAAGGUGCUGAACUGGUUGAUUCUGUUCUUGAUGUGGUUCGAAAAGAAGCUGAGAAUGGCGACUGUUUACAAGGGUUUCAAGUUUGCCAUUCACUUGGAGGUGGGACUGGAUCUGGAAUGGGAACUCUGCUGAUAUCAAAGAUCAGGGAAGAGUAUCCUGACAGAAUGAUGUUAACUUUCUCUGUCUUCCCUUCACCUAAGGUCUCAGAUACAGUGGUUGAGCCCUAUAAUGCCACUCUCUCUGUUCACCAGUUGGUUGAAAAUGCUGAUGAGUGCAUGGUCUUGGAUAAUGAAGCACUAUAUGAUAUCUGCUUUAGGACCCUCAAGCUCACCAAUCCAAGUUUUGGUGAUCUCAACCACUUGAUUUCCACAACCAUGAGUGGUGUUACAUGCUGCCUUCGCUUCCCCGGUCAGCUCAACUCCGACCUCCGAAAGCUAGCUGUGAACCUCAUCCCUUUCCCACGCCUCCACUUCUUCAUGGUUGGUUUUGCACCCUUGACUGCUCGUGGCUCGCAGCAGUACCGUGCCCUCACCAUCCCCGAGCUCACGCAGCAAAUGUGGGAUGCCAAAAACAUGAUGUGUGCUGCUGAUCCUCGUCACGGUCGAUACCUAACUGCCUCAGCUUUGUUCCGCGGCAAGAUGAGCACCAAGGAAGUCGACGAACAAAUGAUCAACGUACAGAACAAGAACUCAUCAUACUUUGUGGAGUGGAUUCCAAACAAUGUCAAGUCAAGCGUAUGCGACAUCCCACCAACCGGUUUGUCAAUGUCUUCAACCUUCAUGGGAAACUCAACCUCAAUACAAGAGAUGUUUCGGCGAGUCUCCGAACAAUUCACAGUCAUGUUCAGGAGGAAGGCAUUUCUGCAUUGGUACACCGGUGAGGGAAUGGACGAGAUGGAGUUCACAGAGGCUGAGAGUAACAUGAAUGAUUUGGUAUCAGAGUACCAACAGUAUCAAGAUGCUGUGGCAGAGGAUGAAGAGGAGGAAGAAGAAGAUGUGCUGAACUGCUAAAAAGAGUCAAAAUUACAUGAGAUGUCUCCACUGCUGAAUCUCUGUUUGAGUUUCUAUAAGUAUAUAUGGGCUUUGGGGUGAAUAAAUUGUUGUUUGAUGAGAAUGAGAUGGGUUUGGGUGUAUUGAUGUGCUAAAUUUGUUGCAUUAAAUUAUUGAUAUGAGUUCUGUAAGUAUGAUGAAAAUGUUUGAGAUGCCUUGAUAUAAAAAUUCUGUGUAACAUAUAUUUGCUUAAAUACUUGAAUGAUAUUUUCAAGUUAUUUC